AUGGCUUGGAUUGCAUGCUACUCAGCCGUCCAAUUUCUAUCGGCCGAGUGGGGUUUGCCAGUCCAGAUCCGGGAAGACUGGGUCAUCACACAAGCGUCUGGCAUGGCAAAUAAGUCGCAACUACCUGAGUGGCUUUAUGGGGCACCACGUACCCUGCUUCGAAGCCUCGCUACUGCUCGACAUCUAGGGAAUGGCUCAAACCUCCUCGGCAACUCGCCAGAUACUUCCACCGGUCAAGCAGACCCGAUUGCAGGUCCUAUCCUGUGGUCGGCUUUGAAAGAAGAACUUGAUGCAAUGGAUAUUAGCGCUGGCCACUUGGAGGCACCGCUUGCAGUGCUAUCACUUUGGACGCGGUUCCGACACUGCUGCUUUGGACUGCAGAUGAAUUUUGCCGGCACCCAGAGAGCAACCAUUGUUGCACAACUGUACAAACUCGGCCUUCGAAUCAUGGGAGUCUUUGAUGCAAACCAGACCAGGCUAUGUUUCUGGCCAACCUACGUCCUUCAGAUCAUUAAACCACUGGCUGUGAUUCUCCUCCACCUGCUAUCUUCUGUUGAUGGUAUAGAUUUAGACGUGGGCCCUCUGCUUGAGGCCAUCUCUACCGCGCAUAGGCUGCUUCUGAAGCGGGUCGUAUUUCCGAAUGAUCGGUAUCACCGUUAUGCCAAGAACGUCGCCAUCACUGCUAAGGAUGCUCUGGAUCGACGGAGUAAAGGGAGUGGCAAUUACAAUCAUGAGACCCUGGCUACCGUCAAACGUAUACGGGGCCAACACAUGGUAGACAAUAAUAACGAGACUGGUGGUAUCUCGAACUGCAACUCAUAUCCAGAGUGGCUACCUGAGACAGCGCUCUACGACCCAGCAAGUGCACAAUUGCCGGAUCAGUUCAUAUAUGGCUACCCAAUCGACCCCUUUGUCGAUGAGUGCAGACGUAUGCCGGAUGGCAGCUUCAUCAUCAUGGACGCUGGCAGUACCGACAGCGGGCCACAAAAGGUAUGCUUCAACGCCUUGACAAGCUCGCGAGAGGGCUACCUACACGACCUUCGGCCAGUCCUUAUGAUCGCCCAUGAGCGUCGCUUCAAAGUUCUCAUCGGCUCAAGCGGCGGCCACGGCACCAACGAGCACGUUGCCCACUUUGUCGAUGUCAUCAACCAGAUCUGUCGCGAGGAAGGCUACAGUUUCAAGAUUGCCACAAUCCUUGCCGAGGUGCCAAUCGAUUUGAUCAAAUCUCACAUCAAGGCUGGCACAUGCACACCUUGUGGUCCAGUGCCUGAGCUCACCGCCGACGAGGUCGAGAAGUGUCCUCGAGUGCUGGCUCAGAUGGGCUAUGAGCCGUUCCUCGAAGCCUUGAAUGGUGGCGCGGAGAUCAUCAUCGGUGGUCGAGCGUACGAUCCGUCCAUGUACACAGCCGCGUGCAUUCCCAGGGGCGUCGACCCUGGUAUCGCUUGGCACAUGGGCAAGAUCUGCGAGCGCGGUGCUUUGUGUGCGACGCCUCGCGGCAAGUCCAUUCGAGCUACUCUGCGCAAGUCGAGCUUCGACCUCACGCCCGUGAACCCACUUGAAAGCUGCACGCCAACUUCGGUUGCCGCCAACACGCUAUACGAGAAGUCACGUCCUGAUCUGCUGCCAGGGCCCGGUGGAAUUCUGGAUGUUAGUAACGCAAGCUUUGUCAGUGUCAAUGAUCGGACGACGCGGAUCUCAGGGGCUGUCUUCGUUCCCCAGCGCUACACCGUCAAGAUAGAAGGUGCGAAACCUCUUGGAUACCGGUCCAUUGUCGUGGGAGGUACGAAAGAUCCCAAUCUGAUUCGCCAAAUCGACGAGUAUCUUGGCUACGUCCGCAAGAGUGGCCUCGCCAUGGUCGAUGACUACGAUCCGGAUGUUGACAAGCUGAACUGGCAUGUAUACGGCAAAAACGGGGUCAUGGGUCGCCUUGAGACCAACGCCGCGACAGCCCACGAACUCUUCAUCAUUGCCGAAGUAUUGUCCAGCUCACAGCAACGAGCCAAGAUGAUCGCCAACCGCACACGACCUGCUAUGCUACACACGCCAUAUCCCGGUCAAAUGGCCAACUCGGGCAACCUAGCAUUCCCGUUCGCACCGUUUGAGCAAGAGCUGGGGCCAUUCAGCGAGUUCAACGUCUACCACAUCAUCCCUGUCGAUGACCCUUUGGCACUCUUCCCGAUCAAGCACUUCGAGUUCUCCUUUGCCAGCAAGACGAACGGCCUCGUCAACGGCCACGCCAACGGCAAGGUCGAGAAGAAGAAGCCUGAUGCGUACACUCUCGUAGCGAGAGAAAUUGCCACCUGGUGCAAGAGUGUCCCACUCAAGCCCAACUUCACCGAGUUGAUCAACUCCGGUCGACCGUCCGCCAAACUGGGCGAGAUCGCUCGGAUUGUUCGAAGCAAGAACUCCGGCCCCUUCGAAGCCACCUUUGACAUCUUCUUCAACGAGCGGCCCGAAUACGAAUGGGUCAAGAACAGCGGCCUCCUGAACCCAGCCAACCUCUCAAAAUUCUAUAACCUCGACCCGAAGAAGGUCGUGACGUGCAUUUUUAACGAGCCGGCUAUUGCGUUCAAGUUUACGAUCCCCAGACCGGUUGUGCAAGGUGGUUUUGGCGAAACUGAUAUGCAUGCGGCGCAGCAGUAUAUGCCCAUUGCCGGCAUUGAGGUUCCUCUUCCAAAGUCGGCGUGA